UUUGCAAAUGUCAAAAAUUUUCAUCCGCGCGACACUUCAGUCAAUUGUGUUUGUGUUUUGGUAUCGUCCGGCAACCGGAACAACUGCGCCAAAGAAUCGCGAAAAUAGCAGGUUUCAACUCGUGAAUUAUGGUUCGCCCAGGGCUAAUGCGUGGUGGCGGCCGUGGUGGAAUGGGAAUGGGUAUGCGAGGUCGCGGAGCACCGUACAUGAACAAGAAAACAUUUCUACCCCGCCAUCCGUUCGAUCUUACCUUGGCCGAAAUGGCUUUCCCCCGAGUACAUCCGGCUCCGGACGAUUCAGCACUCACCAAUGCUCUGUUAAAGCGCAGCCAAGAUCUCACUCCAACUGCAGCGGAACAAACCGCAAUCUCGAAUCUCGUCGCUAAGGUGCAGGGCGUGCUGGACAAUAUCGUAAUCGCUCCGGGAGACUUUACCAAAUGCCAGCUGGAAGAGGUACGCCAGGUUGGGUCGUACAAGAAGGGCACGAUGAUGGCAGGCAACAACGUGGCCGACAUUGUCAUCAUCCUAAAGUCACUCCCAACGAAGGACUGCGCCGAAGCACUGGGCAAAAAGGUGGAGGAAGAUUUGGAAAAGUCAAUGAAAACGGAAGUCGUUCCCAAAGCGGAAGCACUUUCCCUGACGUACAGCGAGAAGGGAUUCGAAAUAUCGAACUCACUCGCGAAGAUACGCUGUCUGAUUGCAACGUUGCCCCAAAACAUGCGCAAACUGGAGACGGAAAAGCAUCUAGAUUUCAAAAUCAUCCAAAGCCAUCUGGCCGCCAUUCGGCACACGCGCUGGUUCGAGGAAAAUGCGCACCAUUCAACCAUAAAGGUGUUGAUACGCAUACUGAAGGAUCUUGCACGUCGCUUCGACGGAUUUAAGCCUUUGAAUCCGUGGAUUUGCGAUCUGCUCGCCCACUCCGUCAUCAUGAACAACCCGAGCCGUCAGGCACUGCCCGUAAACGUGGCUUUCCGGCGCGUGUUUCAACUGCUGGCUUCUGGACUGUUUGUGCCCGGCUCGGCUGGUAUUACGGAUCCGUGCGAGGUGGGCCACUUCCGGGUGCACACCUCGAUGACACUGGUCCAGCAGGAUGAAUGCUGCAUGACGGCCCAAACACUGGUGCGUGUGUUGGCCCACGGCGGAUAUAAGCACAUCCUUGGCUUUGUAGAAAAUACUACCGUUGCGAAGGAAAUGUCCGUGUGGGACGGUGUCGUUGUAUCCCCACUGGAGCCAGCGUACGAAAAGCCAUCGGAAAAGAAGGACGGCGAAGAGGACGACAUGGAGUGUGUCGAGGGAGAAACCAUUAACGAAGAGCAGACGGAAUGAGUCAUCAACCUCACGAAGCUUAGUCCGAUACAUUUAGCAUUUAGAGGGAACGCUUUGGAUUUUAAUGAUACUUUAGACUAGAAGUUACACAUUAACUCAUUACGAUGUAAUUCAACGAAAUGCACUGACUACUAUACGUACGCAUUCUGCUCCCUUGCGGGAUUUACUAAGUAUUGCAAAAAACGACUAGAAUUUACUGUUCUUUGAGCAACUAUACCUGAUCUACGUCUAAUAUGGCCGAUAUGUUCGCUUCGUAUGCUGCUAAUACUGUUCGAUGCGCGUUGUUUACGCACAGGGAUUCUCCUUGGCGCUGAAAUGCGCACAGUUAACACGCGAGUUGUGCGACUUUGGCACUGCCAUACGAAAAAUGCGUCCCUGCGGAUAACAAACACACAGCUUGUACUGGUUGGAUGAUCCCGUACGUGCACCGUGGUCACUCUUUACCACGGGCAAAUUGUUCACGUUCACCCACACGCCGUUCCCACCCAUCAGCAUGGUGCUUCCGUUGUCCGACUUCAGGAAGAUGUUCUGAUCCGCCGACCACAGCAACUCUUUGGCCUCCAUCCGGAUGCCCUCGGUGCCUUUCAGCGUGAGUCUGUUUCGGGUCUGCAGCUUUAGCGUGUCAUUGAUGGGCGACGCGAUACGACCACUGUUGAUGAGAUGGGCCUGCAGCACCAUAGCUCCCUGUGGCAUGUUAUAGUGUGGCCGCGAAGUCCCAAACACCUGCUUGCCCGUGAUCGGAUCCUUCACAUCGAAAUGGUUAAUGCCCUUCAGAAAGCUGCCCGCCUUCGUGAGCUGAACUUUGUUAUGCGAAUGGCCAUUACGAUUGACCAGAUUGAUCGAUACGUCGCCGUCGUCUCCGGUGAUUUCCAGCGGUUCGUCGUAGAAGCUUUCCAGCAGACCGUCCUGCUUGUACACACGGUCGAAAUCGAUGUUGCCGUAGAAUUUGAUCGCGUCCGCAUCUUGGAUCAGCUCGAUGUUCUCCAUACCUCGAUAGAUCCGUAAAAUGGCCGUUAUGGAUAGGGUUAGACAAAGAUUACCCAACGCCAAGCAGAACAGCAGCACCAGUACGAUCCAAAACGCAAACGAACUUUUCUCAUUGUACGCGUGACACUUGGAGAGAUCAUACUUCUGGUCCAUUUGCCGCAUAUUCUGGAACGAAAUAUUGUGUUAACGAUUUUGAAAUUCCAUGUGGCAGUAACAGUUCCAGUGCACAUACUCCCAUGUGAUUACACGCAAAGGUAAUGAAAUUUCCGGGCCCUUUGAACCUCUGGUGAAAAUUUAGCCGUACGAGCGCGAGUGAAAAUUUUUGACAAUCGAACCUAAACACACACACGCACACUAGCGUUGGAAUGUUUUUCCCGUUUUUUUAUCCCGCU